AUGUCAGCACAGAAAACUCCAGCUAAAAUCCCGCCAGGAGCUCCCUCCGCGCGGCCCUCAACAAGAUACGCACGGGCCAUGGCAUGUAUCCUGUGUCAGCAGCGCAAGGUCAGGUGUGACCGUGAAUUCCCCUGCGUCAACUGCAUGAGGGCCGGCGUUCAGUGCGUGCCCGCUGUAGCACGACCACGGCGUCGCCGAUUUCCCGAGCGGGAGCUACUUGAGCGUGUUCGGCGGUACGAAAGCCUGCUUCGGGAGCAUCAUAUCCUGUUCGAACCACUUCAUCCAUCAGGCGUGGAGACGCCAUCCCAAAGCGAUAAUGGCAAAGACUCAGAUACUAUAACCGAGACAACUCCAGGCUUGUCUGCUAUGGGGCCACAUUCAUCUCCCAGCGAGAUAUCCAGCGUCAAGUGUGAAACAUCAUACGAAGCCAAGAACUUCUGGGACCUUAUGAACCAAAUGACUUUAGACCGUGUGGAUGAAGAUAAGAAUAAUAACCUCGCUAUCGAGGGCGAUGAAGUCAAUUUCUCUCAUAAUAAUGCACGUGAGACUGUUAUCAAGAAAACAUGGGACCAGGUGUACCAAGGUAAUGACCAGAACUUUCUGUUUGGUUCUUCCAAGACAAACAAGGAGCUUUCAGCACUGCACCCAGAACAGCUCCAUAUCUUUAAGCUCUGGCAAAUUUACUUGAAUAAUGUAAACCCUAUCCUAAAGGUAACACACACCCCCACGCUACAGCCAUCUAUCAUUGAUGCAGCUGGAGAUAUCGCCAACAUUAGUCCCGCAUUGGAAGCCUUGAUGUUCGGUAUUUAUGCUGUCUCCAUCCUAAGUCUGGAUAAAGAGGGGUGUUACACGAUAUUUAAGGCAUCAAAAGAGGAACUUCUCAAGGCUUAUCAAUUUGGAUGUCAGCAAGCUCUCCUUAACUGUAAGGUAUUACAGACGGGAAAUCGGGACUGCUUGACGGCAUUAUACCUAUACCUUAUUUCGGUCCGACCAGUUAUGGACCCCCGGUCUCUCUACUCAAUGCUUGGUUCUGCUAUUCGCAUUGCACAGCGGAUGGGUCUAGAUAACAAGGCUGCAUAUGCUCAAUACACUGCUCUUGAGGGUGAGAUGCGCCGUCGACUGUGGUGGUCACUGGUUAUUUUCGAUAAUCGCAUCUGCGAGAUGUCUCAUCAUAAAACCACGUCAUUAAUUCCAACGUGGGACUGUCCUACACCACUCAAUCUUAAUGAUUUCGAUAUACAACCAGAGAUGAAGAGUCCUCCCCCAAGUCAUAAUAAACCUACCGAAGCGCUAUUCGCUGUCAUACGUAGCGAAGUGGCCGAGUUUAUUCGUCACAGUGCAUUCCAUCUUGACUUUACAAGCCCGUCUCUAAAAAAAAUUGCAAAUCUACAUCAUGGCACCAGUACUAAGAUUGAGAAGCUGGAAGCAUUUGAAAAUAUGUUGGAGGAUAAAUAUCUUAAAUUCUGCAACCUAGAGAACCCGCUGCACUUUAUGACUAUCUGGACAGCGCGAGGGCAGCUGGCGAAAAACCGCCUGAUGGAUCACUAUUCUAAGUUUGCUUCCAUGGAACAAACAGAUGACCAGCGCAACAGCGCUAAUGCUUACGCUUUGAGGAUCCUCGAAUGCGACACAAAAAUUAUGGAUUCACCGCUAACAAAGGGCUACCUCUGGCUGGCCCACUUCUAUCUUCCUUUUCCUGCCUAUAUUCACAUUCUGAAGGACUUGAAAAACCGUCCUAUGGCGAGCCUUACUGAAAUGGCUUGGGAGAUCAUAAGCAAUAAUUACAAGGCUCGCUUUGCGGAUACACAAGCGAAUCCGUUCUUUGAAUUCCUGUGUACAAUUGUCCUGCAGGCCUGGGAGGCGUAUGAGGCGGCGUGUGAGGCAACCUCCAGACCACUCCACACGCCGCUGCCUACCCCACGAAUAGUGACAGACAUCAAGCAGAAGAUGGCACAGUCUAUGUCCCGGGCUUUGUCCGAUACCAGCCAACCUAAAUAUUCUCUAGACGUGACCAUUGAUGAUUUUCUCAUGUCUAUGCCCAUGGACUUUGUUGGCACUGGACUUGGGUACGAAAUUGAAGGGCAGGGCUUGCCUGGUGAGGUACCUGCGGGCUACCCCGAUAUGCCAGGAGUACAUGCGAAGAUGAAUCAAUCAGAUUGGACGACUAUAGAUUGGUGUCCAGGGCAUGGUCCAAACUCGUGA